AUGGCCCCCCUCACAUCAGAAGAGUACAAGGUACUCGAGCAAUCGCGACAGCGCCUCGUUCAAUUGACUCGCUCUCUGGGCUCUCUGGUAUCCAGUCUAGAACAGGGCGAUCCCCUACCGCCAUGGUCUUCACUUCAAUCCCAGGCGAGCAUCAUAUCAAACAAUCUCAUCAGCGUCACUGAACACCUCUCCGAUCACCGCGACCUCCUUUCCUCAAUUGUCGCAUAUCCCGGUCCCGAAUACCCCGGCCGCACGCAAGAAAACAUGCUCCAACAACUCAUGCGCACCAAACUCGAUCCUCGAGUAGAGGACUGGGUCGCGCGCGGUCGUAUUGCCGGCACCGAAUCUUCCCCGUCUGCUCUCGACUUCUCGCGCACGAUACCGAAUCCAAGCGCCGCCGUGAACACCUCUACGAAACAGCUCACUGAGCCGGAGCUGAAAGAGCUUUGGGAAUGGGCACCCGUCGAGGCAAACCAGGAAGCUCGGCAGCGGAAUUGGGGCGGCCAUUAUACACUAGAAGAGCGCGAGGCGGGGAUACAGAACGUCGUUACGGGCUUACGGAGACAGCUGGAGGAUGACGAUGCGAGCGAGGAUGAGGAUGAAGGUGACGAAGAUGAAGGUGAGGACGAGAUGGAAGUUGUUGGUGUCCAUCGCAAGUCCAGUGGUGGCAUCGAGUUUGACAUUGCGCCGCAUCACGCUCGUGCCGUCGAGCCAGUUGUACCACUGGAUAAGAUUCUUCGAUAUAUGACAACGGGACACAUGCCGUGA